GCAUCUCGGGGCUUUCCCCCACGCUCUCUGUCACUCCUGUCUCUUUCCUCUUUGACGCCCUGUCUUCAUUGCAUUUGUGUACAGAGUUGUCUUGCUGUUGUAAGUAUGGCUGGUCCGCUCCGGCCUCUUAUCUUACUUGUCAGUGGAGCAGUUUGUUGUUUGUUACUUCCAUGCUUCUUCCCCCUCCUCCCUCUGCCUCCCUCUUUCCCUAUCUACUAUCUAUUUGUCAACGACUCCCUUGCAUAAUAAUGACAUGAGAUCCCGUUUGUCCUUCUUCCUCUUCCAACUCAUGACAGUUUCUGGCGUGCGCGCACACACACACACACACACACACACUGCACCUCACGACAAAUACUGUAUGUUGACCUAUUUUGACUGCCGCCUCUCUUUCCCGCUGCUCAGGAAACAUUCCCUAAUUUCUGACGGAGCAGAAUGAGCAUGCGCGGAGCAGUGGCUGGUUGCUUGGUGCUGGCGUGCCUGGUUGCGCUGCUGGCUGAGAGGACAGAGGGACACAUCACCUUCUUCAGUCCAAAGGAGAUGAUAGAGAUGAGGAAACAUGGCAGUGCAACAUGGCGAUCUCCGAGGAUGAGGACCUACUCUUAUCUUCAGGGGAGAGAGGGUAGGAAGGACAUGGAGCCGCGAUCAGAGGACGGUCAGUUUGAAGAGGUUACAGACCAGCAGCCUCCUCAGGUGGAACUUGGAGGGAAUCCUGAUAAAACAGUGGAAAUUGCCGUCCAUCUUUCACGCAAACAACUAGAUGAUGUGGCUCCGAUGCUCAAAGACAUCAUCCAUGAAGCAGUGGAGGACCAUCAGAAAGCCAAAUAGCGAGGCGGAGGACACCAGGGGAUGAACGCUGUACAAAUCCUUCAAAAAGCACUGAAUGUUCAAAUGUUUUGUUGUGUUUCAUUGAAUCAGUCAAUAAAGGAAAGUGAUUAUGUAACAUA